AAGCAGCCCAAGUGUCAAUUGCGGCCAACUUCACCGCCAGAGCGAGUGUCAAUCAGUCCAGAAGGCAAAGUGCAGUGAAAAGGCGAAUUCUAGGCAAAUCUAGCCAGAAACCGAGGCAGCGAGGAAAGAUGUUUGCAUUCGUCGGAAAAUUCUUGCAGAGCUUCCAGCUUCUGCCCAGAGUUCAUGCCCAGGAUGACGAGGAGCUUGUCGAUCCCCAGCAAGUCCUGAGGGAGAAGUGUGCACUGGUUCCGAAGGUCGAGUCCCUGUUCAGCAAGUACCAGGAGUGCAAUGAUAGGGUAAACAGCCGCACCAAGACCACUGAGAACUGCCAGGAGGAGCUGUUCGACUAUCUGCACGAGCUGGAUCACUGCGUGAGCCACACGCUCUUCUCCAAAUUGAAGUAGAGAUUAAUUGUUAGAGAAAUGAUAGCCGGAUUAUUGGCUCGAGGAGAGUAAAGGUACAAUAAGAGAAUGUAAA